GAAAUGAAAAGAAUCUUGAUCGCUAAUUUUUUUAUUUCAAAUUUUGCAUUGGCUCAAAGCCUUAAACAAUGUCAGUGACUCAAUGUCAUGUCCAGAUGUCCUCAUGUCCGGCCGGCAUAUAUUGGCAAUCAAUUUGGCAACAUCCAGUCAAUUACGCCAUUAAAACGUGUUGCUUUCUCGAGUUCGAAUUUUCUAAAGCUCUCCAGUUUGAUUCAAGUCAGCUAAAAUUUUCUGUAAUAGUUGUAAUCCGACAAAAGUUACACUAUGGGCAACGACGGGAAAAUUGAGAUGUUUGAAUGCCCUAUGUUCAACUGCGAACGUUUUUUCGUGUCGCUGAGUCUUCUGAAAAGGCACAUGCUUUACCACGCAGGGAUAUGUCCUUACAUGUGUGUAAAAUGUGGAACCUCUUUUAAACUAGAGUAUGCAUUGAAUUCUCAUUUGAGAUUUCAACAUGAUGAGCAAAUGGAUGACAAGUUCAAGAGAAUCAGAGGGUUCGUUUCUUGCAAUAUUUGUUCGGCAAUGGUCCCAUGUAGAGAAAAGAAGGCACAUAUUGCAACUCAUUUGCCAUAUUAAAUGAAAUUUGAGCAGAAUGUGUUGUGACUCAUGCUGAAUUUCUGAAAGCUCUUGUUUAACUAAAUAUUUAACAAGCCGUCUUAAGUUUAUUUAAUGUUUGAACCAAGAAGUCUUCUGUUUGGUCUCAUUUUUGUUUGUGGUUGUUACGUCAAAUAAUCAUCUAUUUGGCUUUACUGUUACCAGCCUCAUGUAAAGUUCCUGAUCAUUUAACUUUAUUCCAGAUAUGUGUAUAAAAAAAAGUACUUCUUACAGUUAUUUUCAUGUUAAGGUGAACAGCAAAAAAUUUUGUUGAUUACGUAACUGAAGUUGAUUUGAAACUGCUGUCUAAGUUAUGUUUCCUGUAAUACAAGAUUUUGCAUAAA